UCUGGGCUCUGGCGUUGGGGGAAAAAGAAAAGCCGUCCUAUUUAAGCACGCCCGGCCGCCGCACUCUGACGGCCCGCUCACACACACACACACACACACACACUCUCGCUCCUCUCGCUCUUGUCUUGCCACACAGGCGGGCGAGUGACGCGGCUCAUCAUACCGAGGGAGGCCGUUGCACCAUGGAGACAGCGCAGGAAAGAGAGCUGCUGCAGCGGCUGCCGCUGCAGCUGCAGGGGUGGCCUUUCCACGCCAUGCCGCCCAGCUUCGACGCCGGCAGCGGCGGCAGCGGCAGCAGCAGCAUGAGCAGCGACUCCUUCCUGCUCGGCUGGGAGCCGCCGUUCGGCGGCUGCUUCGGCCUCGCCGACGCGCAGCUCCACGACCUCUUCCCGCUCUGCAUGAUGGAGCCGCUCCCGCUGUCGCCGGCCGCGACGUCCACGGCGGCGGGCCUCCCGUCGGAGCAGCAGGGCCCGGCGCCGGCGGCAAUGCCCAACGGGGAGCUCGGCGACCUCCUGCUGAAUUUCUGGGACGCCGGUGAUGUCAGCGAGCGGCCGGUCGCAAUCAAUUCAGGCUGCGUGGCACCGCAGCAGCACGAGAAGAGCAGCCAGAGCAGCGCUGCCACCGCCACGAACUCUUUCCUCUAUGAUGAGGACGAUCUUUUGGGCUCCAUUUUCUCCAAGAGGCCCACCAUGGCAGAAGAACCGCCCGUGCUCCUCCUCGCCCCGGCGGAGGCGGAGCCCCUCCUCAGCACCUCCUCCUCCUCCAGCUGCCACGCGGGCCCACCCGCCAGCGGCGCCGGCGGGGCCCGGCCGCAGGACGCUACCGCCACCGCCGAGCCAUGUGGCGCGCGGGCCCCGCCGCUCCCCCGCUGCUCCUCCUCGUCGCUCAAACGCGCGACACCGGAAGCAGCGGCGGAGUCGGCGUCGGCGGAGGCGGAGUGCAGCCAGAGCGGCGGCAAGCGGCGGAGGGCGGCGUCGGGAAGCGUGCUGUGCCCGUUCGCGGUGCUGAAGCCCGACGGGCUGGACGGCGGCGCGACGCUGGCGGACAUCAACGCGCGCAUCCUCAUGCGGCCGGCGCGGCCCGUGCGGCACCCCGUCGGCGAGUACGCGUGCGCGCCGCGCGUGCUGGCGGCCGACGCGCCGGGCAUCUCCGGCAGGGCCGUCUCGGGGUUCACGCGGCUGCACACCCCCGGCCGCGGCACCAUCACCAUCAUGAGGACGCGAGGCUGAUGCGUCCAUCAUUGCAGCACGCCAUGUCUGCCUGCCGCGCCCAUGGACGACGACGAUGCAUGAUGAUGGUGUGCUCCGUGUAGAUUAGCCCGGCUCAAUCAGUGCGUGCAUGGCUAGCUAGAUAGACGCUCGAUCGCUAGCCAGCACGUAGUAGCAGUAUCCCGAGUUCCGAUGCAGUGUAAUUAUAUGCUCGAUCACAUCAGGAGUGAGUGGGUCAGUGAAUGAAUAAAAUCCUUCCAUUUCUCUUCUC